AUGGAGCACGUUGAUCAGACUGAAAAAGCCUACCAAAAGCAGCAGGGCGUGUUUCUUGCCAGUAAAAAGUUUGCCGGAAAGAAGAAAGGUCCACGUUUUUACAAAGAGGUGGGUCUUGGUUUUAAGACUCCCAAAAGCGCUAUCGAAGGCCAGUACGUGGACAAGAAAUGCCCUUUUACUGGUAACAUCUCUAUCCGCGGUCGUAUUCUUAAAGGAGUUGUGCUAUCAACCAAAAUGAAACGGACAAUUAUCGUGCGUCGUGACUACUUGCAUUUUGUCAAGAAGUACAAGCGUUUCGAGAAACGUCACAAGAACGUAGCUGCCCAUCUUUCUCCUGCUUUUCGAGUGAAAGAAGGCGAUGUUGUCACCAUUGGCCAGUGUCGCCCACUUGCAAAGACUGUGCGUUUCAAUGUGCUGGAGGUUGAACCCGCAUCCGAGACCAAGCCGAUUAACGUGCGCAAGCAGUUCCGUCAAUUCUAA